CAAAAUUUAAUGCCCAAUUGAAGUAAGCCUCACGGGACAUCCAUGAAACUCAUCCACAUCACAUUUCUUUCUCCACUGCUGUUCUCGCCGGGAACCAACCAACCAAGAAACACCAUUUUUUCCCCUUCCCAUUUUCUCUCCAAUUCCUUCACUUUUUCUAUCAAACCAUCCAAUCAUCCUUCUUUUUCGAUCUCCCCAUUUUUGGGUUAUUAUUUUUUUUCAUAAUAUUUUUGGUCGUUUGUUUUUGUCAUCCGGAGAAGGAAAAUAAAUGAGAACAGGAAAGCAAAGUCAAGAGGAGGAAGAGUACGAGGAAGAAGAGUUUGGUUCCAAAAAACAAGGCCCAUCUUCUAAUCAAAUUAUGUCCGGAAACGCCAUUAACAACUCCAACAAAGGUGGGAAGAACAGUGAUAAGGCUAACGCUAUAAGAUCGAAACACUCGGUUACCGAGCAGAGGAGGAGGAGCAAGAUUAAUGAAAGGUUUCAAGUAUUGAGAGAUAUAAUUCCGAACACCGAUCAAAAAAGAGAUACGGCUUCAUUCCUGCUAGAGGUGAUAGAGUAUGUCCAAUAUCUACAGGAGAAGGUUAAAAAAUAUGAGGGUUCAUACCAGGAAUGGAAUUCUGAGCCCGCAAAAUUAAUGCCAUGGAGAAAUAGUCACUGGCGUGUUCAGAGUUUUGUCGGUCAACAACAAGCUAUUAAAAAUGGUUCUGAUCCGGGGUCAGCAUUUGCCGGGAAGUUCAAUGAGAAUAACAUCAAUAUCAAUCCCACGAUGAUCGCAAGUGCACAAAAUCCUGUAGAAUCUGAUCCUGUCAGAGACACUAUGUCCAAAGCUAUGGAUCAGCAACCAGAGUUGGGAAGCAGGGGAAUGCCUCUGCCCAUCCAAGGUGAUAAUAUGCUUGUGCAUCCCCUUCAGAGACCGGUCUCUGAGGCUCAACCGACUGAGUGCUUUAUUGGCAAUGAUACAGUGAACCAACAGGAAGAUCUGACUAUUGAAGGAGGAACAAUUAACAUCUCUAGUGUCUACUCCGAAGAGUUAUUGAACUCUCUGACACAAGCACUGCAGAGUGCGGGUUUGGAUCUGUCACAGGCCAACAUCUCUGUUCAGAUCGAUCUCGGAAAGCAUGCUAAUAGAGGGCUAACAUCAGGAACAUCGGCCAAGGAUCCGCAGAGUGCCCCAUUUCAGGCAAUGACCCAUCAUAGAGAUGUGAGCAACGGAGAGGAAUCCGAUCAUGCUCAAAAGCGGAUGAAGAAAUGAGAUGAGCAAGUUGAGAAUUUUUGGCUUCUGUUGGGUUAUUCCUUGUGUCAUUUUUUAAGCUUCAUUUGGUUAAUGCAUAUGCAUGCAUUUUUAAUAUGAGCAGUUCCCCAUGAUGUUAUGUAUUUAUAUGGAGUGGUUCCUCAGGUUUCUGUUGAGAGGAUGUCAAUGUUUGACCUCUAUUAUCAUGGAUGGAUGUAUCAUUCAUAUUGUUUUAAAUAUAUAAAUUUAUAUUUGUAUCCAA